AGUUUGGCGAUCCCUAAGAGCAGAACAGAAGAUAACCCAUACAACGCCAAGAAGUAUUGAAGCCAGCUGUUCUCACCGGUCCUCAGUGUACUCCAGUUUGGAAAGAUGCUCUCCUCUCGUCUCCAGUGCGCCCUGGCUCUCCUGUCACUCGCCUUGGCAGUCAGCAGCGUCUCAGCGGCUCCUUCAGACCCUCGGCUCCGUCAGCUUCUUCAGAGAACACUCGCUGCAUCCGCAGGGAAGCAGGAGCUGUUAAAAUAUUCCCUUGCAGAACUGUUGUCCGAGCUCGCGCAGUCAGAGAACGACGCCCUGGCUUCAGACGAGCUAUCCCGUGCAGCCGAACAGAACGAAGUACGUCUAGAGCUGGAGAGGUCCGCUAAUGGCAACCCUGCAAUGGCACCCAGAGAACGCAAAGCCGGCUGCAAGAACUUCUUCUGGAAAACGUUCACCUCCUGCUAACUGAGUCAAACUCUCCCACCCUCCCUGUUCUUCAUCUUCUCUCCAGAACCCGUCUAAAAAGAGCUGCAGACUGUAAAUAAAAUGAAAUGUACACCCUGUUAUUGCGGUGAUUUAAAACAAUCAGUUUGAUUUUAAUGUUAUCAAAGAAGCCUUUAGUUUACUAUUGUAUGGUAUCUGCUUUGAAUUGGGGUUUAUGCAUAAGGCCCUCUUCGUAAGCAUUACCCAAUUCUGAUAGAUAUACUAUUUUGAAUUGUUUGUUUCAAUAAAAUAUGUUUCAGACUCAAA